AAGACAGUUCAUACUAAAAAUGUAAACAACAAAAAGGCAAUAAAAGGAAUAAAAGCAUGGUAAUUGUGUCAUAAAAGAACAUUUUUCCUUUGAUUAAAGUAAAAGAAUAUGCUCCUUUGGAUGAAUCGACAUAGCACAACUUGGAAUAAGCAAUACAGAAUAGACCUGAAAUCUGUUACAAGAUGUUUCUGUGGAAAGGAGUUUCAGUUGAUUCUUCUCUUCACUGUAGUAGUGUAGAAGUCAUGAGCGAAAGUGGGAAAACUGGAAAGAAUACUGAAGAAAUUAAGACUGAAAAGGAAAAUGGAGAAGGGAUAGCAGAGGAUUUUGACAGCUAUACGACAUACAGAAGCUCCAGUGAUGAAGACACUGAUGAAGGAAGUUGGGAGGAGCUGGGGGAGAGUGAAGAAUACAUCUACGAGACAUAUGUGGAAGAAAAUGAGGAUGAAAAUGAAGAAACUGUGUACAGCCACCAGGCAGAAGAGGACGACUAUGAGAAUGAUACUGAAGACAAUGAGAAGGACAGCGUGAAUGGAAACGGAGGGGAUUUUGAAGAAGAAAAAGAAUGUAGCCACCAGUCAGAUAAAGAAUUAACCCAAGAAGACGAUGAUAGUGAAGUAGAGUUUGAUGAGGAAACAGAAUAUAGCUACCUGACAGAUGAGGACAUCAAUGAGGAGAAAGAAGAGGUUUUAAAGAAUGAUAAAGAGUCAAAAUACCAGAGAAAUGAAGAGAAAAUUAACCAAAAUGUUGAAAAUAAAGAGAGAAUAGGAAGUGAAAAUGAUUUUAAGGAAGAAAAUAUAAAUCACACAGGAGAUGGAGAUCAUGUUUUUCAGAGAGAAGAGAGGGAAACUAAGAGAAAUAUCAGUGAAAAAAAAUGUGAAUUAUGGAACAAAAAUGAUUUUGGUUGCCAGAUAACACAUGUGGAGAAUAAAAAAGGAGGUGAUUGGGAAGAACGGAAGAAGACCAUGGAAAAUGAGGAGACUGGGGAGGAAAAUGCAAACAAUACAGAGGAGGAAAAAGAGUUAAGCUAUCACAUAGAUAAUACAGUAACAGAGAAAACUGAUGUGAAAAGUGGUGAGGAGUUUGAUGAAAAAGAUGGGUGCAGGUACCUAAUGGAUGACAAUGAAACUGUGGAGAAAACCAAUGAGGAAAAUAAAGAGGAUUUAAAGGAUGAAAUAAUGUCACAUUACCAGAGAAAUGAGGAAGAGGUUAAGGAAAACAGUGAGGAGUGUGUUGCAGCAGUUAAAGGACGAAAUAGUUGCCAAUCCAAAGACAGUGAUGAGGAAAAUUUACAAAGUGGGAAAGGAUUUUGGUUCAGAAUGUGGAAAGUCCAGGAUUUAGAGAUAAAGAAUGGACAACCGACUGAGGAAAUAACAAAUUACAGCUCUCACUCAAACAAGGAGGAAGUAGUGAAGACUGAUAAAGAAAAUGAGGACUUAGAAAAUGAAACAGAGCAUAGCUAUCUGACAGACGAGGAAGACAUUGAGGAAAAUGAAGAGUCAAUGCAGUCAAGCAUCCAGACAAAUGAGGAGGAAAAAGUAGAGAAAGUUGUGGAAUAUGACAAGGAAGUUAAAAAGGUAAAAGAGAACACUGUAGAGGAGACGAUUCAGGUGAUUAGAGGACCUUAUGAAAAUUCUGAAUGUGUCAAAAAAGUAGGGAAUCAAUUUGUGAAGCAAACAGAAGGGAGACAAGACUAUAGCUACCAAAUGGAUGAAAAGGAUGUUAAAGUUGAGGAUGACUGUAAGAAAGGGGAGGAAACUUCCAAAAAAAGAGAGGUAGAAGAGGGAAAUGGAAAAGUGGAGGAAGAGAAAAAAGAGGACAACUCACCUGAUGCCCAAUCCAACGAAGAGGAAAUUGAUUACACUAGUGAUGAUGUCACAGUGGAGUUUGGUGAAGAAAAAGAAUAUACUUGCCUGAAGGAUGAAGAGAAAAGUGAGAAGAACAUCAAUUGGAAAGAUGAAGAGGAGCUAGAAGUGAAAACAUCAAUCAGCUGCCAGAUGCUUAUGACUGACAUUAUAGAGAUGUCUGAGAUCACUGGGAAAGAGACAGAGGAAAAUGAGAAGGGGGUUGAAAAGCAACAUUAUGAGUUGGAAAUUAAUGAGGAUUUUAAAAAGGAACACUGGGAGGACAUACAAAACCAAAAAUACAACACCUUUGAGAACCAGGAGAACCAGAAUAAAACUGAUGUCGAACAAAAAAAGGCAAAGCAGCAGGAAAAGUCUGAUAGUCACCAAACAAAAAACGAAACAGAGGAGGAAGAUAAUGAGGUGAAAGAGAAAACCCUAAAUACUAAGAAGAAAGAAAGUGAGCAUUCAGACACUGUGCACAACUACCAGUUAGGCAAGAAUGGAGUAGACAUCAUGGAUGACAAAAGUAUUCCAAACUUGGAUCAAAACUCACAAUACGAAGAGCAGGAAGAGUACUGUGAAGCAGUAUGGAAUGAUGAUGAAGAGAUUGAAGAGAAGUUAGAGGAGCCAAAAGACCACAGCUAUCUGAGAAAAGAGAUAGAAAUAAAAGAAAAUGUUCCCGAUAAUUGUGUAGACAGCCAAGGAAAUGAAGAAUGGCUUCAAAAAGGAAAUAGAAAAGGAAUUGAAGAGGGAAAGGGGGAACACUAUGAGAUAGAUGGGAACCAAUGGGAAAAGAUACAUUGCGACACAGAGAAAAGAAAUAAAGAUUAUGUACAGAAAGAAAGAGGGAGCAGCUUAAAAAACAAUGAGGACACUGAGGGGAAGGUUGUAUGGGAAAAGACAGAGGAGACCUUGGAAAAUGAGAGACAGAUCAACAAUGAAAAAAUAAAUGGUAUAGAUGAGGAAGAAAAGUACAACUACCAGACCCAUGAUGACAAGGAAGCUGAAGAAACAGUGCAUAGCUACCAAAAAAAUGAGCAAAGUGUAGUGAAUACUGAUGAAGAAAAUGAGGAGAAGUUACAAGAGGAAACAUAUCACAUUGAUAGGCUAGAUGGAGCAAAGUAUUCUGAUUCCAAUGAUUCACAAGAAGCUAAAAAUUCUAACAUGAUACUAAGUAAUCAAGCACUGGCAGAAAGAAGGCCAGACAGGGGAGCAAGAAGAAAACAAUGUUUUGGCAAAGUAUUUAAAAAAAGAGGAAGACGCUCAGUCAGCUGGCCUUCAUGCUCAACUAGAACACUUGGAGGCCCAAACUGCUGGAGAAGUCACAUCAAGAGCAAAGGCAAGAAUAUUCAAAUCUGCAACUGAAAAUGAGCAACGUGACAAGUGAGACA